AUGCCACCACCACCACCACCACCUCUGCAACCCCAACUCCUUCCCCUCACGAGCACUCCCCGCCUAAUCCUCUACGCACAAACCCACCACACGCCCUCCGGGACGCCGAUAUCCCUCCUCCCACUCCUGACGAACCCAACGGGCGUCACGCAUGUGAUCGUCGCCGCGAUCCACCUCAACGAGGGCCCGGGAAACAUCACGCUGAACGACCACCAUCCUGAUGACAAACGGUUUGACCAGCUGUGGGCGGAGGUGCGCUGGCUGCAGGGCGCGGGGGUGAAGGUGAUGGGGAUGCUGGGGGGCGCGGCUCGGGGGAGUUUCGAGCGGCUCGGUGGGAGCGAUGCUGAAUUCAACGCAUACUACCUCCCCCUCGCGGCAGUUAUAAGGAAACAUAACCUCCAAGGCCUCGACCUCGACAUCGAAGAGCCCGUCCCCCUCUCCACACCCCUCCGCCUCCUCUCUCGCCUCCGCGCCGACUUCGGCCCCGCUUUCCUGCUCACCCUCGCCCCAACCGCAACCGCGCUUUUGCCCGGCCUGCCCCACCUCUCCGGCUUCAGCUACUUCGAGCUCGAGCGCGCGGCCGGCGGGUUGAUCAGCUGGUACAACACGCAAUUCUACUGCGGCUGGGGCGACGCGGCGCAGACGGCGUGGUACGAUGCCAUCAUGGCGGCGGGAUGGCCGGCCGAGAAGGUCGUGUUGGGGGUAGUGACGAACCCGGGGAAUGGGGCUGGGCAUGUGUGUAUCGAUGGCGCGGCCGGCGGGGUUAGGAGAGCGGAGGAUGAUGGGGCGGAGAGGAAGUGCGGCUUCGGCGACGUGCUGAGGAUACUGCGGGCGCGCUAUCCAAGGUUUGGCGGCGUCAUGGGCUGGGAGUACUUCAAUGCUGGGGGAGGGGAGGUGCCGCCGUUAAGCCCGUGGGCGUGGGUUCAGGCGUUGGGGCAGGUUGUCAGGUGCUCGGUGCCUGUGGCGCCGGGAAUGGUAGAGGGGGGAAGGGGAGUGGAGAGGCCGGCGGUGGGAGGUCAAGCGCAGUGGCCGGGGCAGCUACCGGCGCCGCAAGUAUCCUGGCCGGGAGAGGAUGUGGAGAUGUUGGUUGGGCUGGGGUUUGGGAGGCAGCAGGCUGUUGCUGCGCUGAAUGUUACGGAGGGGAAUGUGGAGAUGGCGGCGGGGCUGUUGUUUGGGGAUUGA